AUGCCCCGGGUCAAGGUGGUCAAACCCCAUUUGGAGCUAAACCCAGCUGUAUGGAAUAAAGUAUCAGAGGAGCCGCACGGUGGGACAUGGUCGUGUUUGCUCUGUGGCGCAAGGACCAUGGUAAUCAGUUCCGUUCGAAAACACAUCAAUUACCAAAAACAUCAAGAAUUAGAAAAUAAUUUCCUUAACAUGCAAAGCAGAGUAACUCAGAUCAAGGAUACAAUGAAUACUCCUGAGUCCCGCUUCACCGGACAUGAGGAAGAAAAUUCAGCUGGUAAUGAGGUUGAUGACCCUGCGCUGGACGUGUUAAAUCAUCAAACCACCCAAUCAUGGACCGCGUGUGAGGAUCUGGCCACCAAUGGCCAAGAGGAUCAUGAAUUUUUGGUCACAGAGGAAUCGAAUACAGAGGACAACACAUUCAGUGACAACGAGCUGGACUCGUGUGCAAGUGACCUUGACACGUCAUCUGAUUUAUCCAAUUUGAACUCAAACGAUGAGGCCGAUGGCGAGGAUUUUGAGCUAUCAGCAGAAGACCUGGAUUUAAUGCGCGAGCUGGGAAGGGUUGGCGAUGAAGACUUAGCCAGUACCACAUCUCGACCACAUGUGGAUAGGAGUUGGUGGCCCUUCCGGACAAAAGAAUACAUGAUUUCUUCACUAGUCAUUGGAUAUGCGCACACAAUACUCUCGCAGAGCAUCUACGACCGCAUCCGCUCAAUGUUUUCAUUGGUACACGUCAUCCUACCUGAUUGGACAACAAACCGACGUGAGAAAAAAAAACACCGGGACUUGCUACAGAUGGAUGUGAAAAAGUCGUACUCAAUCCUGGGGAACCCUACGUACGCCCUAAGCAUCCAGAAGAUUCUUGCGCAGGAAAUAGGCAAUCCUUUGGUCACAUGCGCAAUGGAUUACUAUCCCGAGGAUGCGAGGGGAAAAAAUAUAUUCAAGUUGUCUCAAUCCAAAAAAUGGCUCGAGGAUAUGGACCCAGAUUCGAGAGCCCCCAUGGUUCGAACCUCAAACGGAGAUUUCUAUCUAUUUGAGCCGGUUCAACUGUCCAACGAUUCCGUGGUUGUGCCCAUUUUUUUUUAUAAAAGAGGUGAGGAUUUGUGGUCAAAGUGUGUAACCCCAGAUUUUGACCCGGAAUCCAAUGGACACAACCUGCAUAUCUCUAUACCUUGGCGUGUCAAUUUCAACUCAGAUAUCGUUCACGAAAUCAAUAUCUCUGAAUUUUAUUGUGCGUUUCCAAAUAUUGCCGGACCGGAUGGACUCAUGCUAUCUCAGCGAUGUCAGGGUAGACUUUAUGAGUUGGGCGCUCACAUGACUGUGAUACAUUUACUGCCUAAUCCAUGGAGGGACCGCGCAAAGGGAAGGAUGAUUCGACACAUGCCCAUCACCUUGUAUUGUGAUGACACCUCAGGAAAUCAGUCAAAACGAUGGAACAAACAUGUCUCGUUUUAUUUCACACUGUCUGGACUACCCCCAAACUGGAGCAACCAACAAUACAACUGUCAUUAUCUCACCACAUCAAACGUUGCGAAUGCGAUGGAGCUUGCUGGCCCAAUUGUGGCUGAAAUGAACCAAUUGUCAACCACUGGAACCGUUGCGUGGGAUGCUGGCUUAAUGGAAGAGGUCCUCCUGACAUCAAAUGUCCUGUGCUUCCUGGGGGAUUCCCCAAUGCAUGCUGAGGCAACAAGUACCCCAAUACCUGCCAAUUCACUCCACCCAUGCCGCGCAUGUGAUCUGUCGUCAGCCAGUGUCAAGGAUAAGGCCACUGUUGAAUAUCUCUGCUCGUUCACCAUGCUUGAUUCCUCUGGCCUUUGGAUUAAUAAUCCCAAGAGGUCGUGGGCCAAAAUCAUAGAGAAUUGUUACCACAUAUGGCACAAGUCAGAGAAGCCUCGGACAAAGACGGCCGUUGGGGAAGAGAUUACAAAGUUAGGUGUGAAGGACGUAUUGAACACCUCCAUCAUUGAUCGGAGGUAUGAAAUAUUGGCCAAAAAGGACGCGGCAACAGCAGAGGAGGUCAAGUUUGUUCAGGGGCUCAAAAACUUGGACCAGGGAGGAAAGGAGGCUUUGUUCAGUCCGUUUUUCCAACUUAAAGGCUUUGAUGGGUGUGCUGACACCCCAGUUGAGGUGCUCCAUGUUUUCCUCCUUGGGAUUGUCAAAUACAUGUUGCGAUCAUUCAUGAAAUCCCUCCCGGCUGGGGUCCUCCCAGAAGUCAUGGCCCGAUACGAAUCGUUUGACACCAAAGGAUUGAAUGUCCCAUCAUUGCGGCCUUACUACCUCACCAAACAUUACAGCAACCUCAUUGGAAAGGACUUCAAGGUAGCUCUUCAGGCAGCCCCCUUUGUUCUGUUUGAAUACAUGUCGGAGGACGAGCGCUUGGUAUGGUCAGCUUUGUGUCAACUUGCUCCGUUGGUGUUCCAGACACACAUUGCAGACAUGGAUGCGUAUCAAAUCAGCCUACGACAACUCGUCCGGGUUUUCAUCUAUCACCUCAUCAAGAGCACUGCGCAAUGGGUCAACAAGCCCAAAAUUCACAUGCUACUUCACCUUGCUGACUCAAUUCUCCGCUUUGGACCGGCUGCUUUAUUUGCGACGGAGAAGUUUGAGAGCUACAAUGGUGUAUUACGGAAAUCCUCAAUUCAUUCCAAUCGUCAGAGCCCUGGGAAGGAUAUUGGUAUCUCAUUUGCAAACUUCCGAAAUCUACGUCACCUGGUCUCUGGGGGGUACUUCUACGACUGCAUUGCCCACGCAUACCAAACUGCAUCUGCCAAGGUCCUCGAACUGUUUUCAAACAGUCCUUCAGUUCAAAAGUCAAUGGGUUACAACGCCGAAAAUCUGGACAAUCCAAUUCCAUUCAAACCAACUCAAUUGCCUGGCAUCCACAUCACGAGGAAGGAUCUACUGCGUGUUGGUUCUUUUGUUCUUUUCAAAUCCAACCAGGGCGCCCUGUUGGAGUUGGGGCAAAUUGAUCAUAUGUGGGAAGCGCGGAAGGAAAGGAGGGCCAAAUUUGUAGUAUGUCUCACCCCAUUCGAGUUUGGUGGCAUCAGUAAUUUCUAUAACAUGAGGGAGACGAGGAGGGGUGGUCAGGGGCGGAUUGUAGGAAUUCAGGACGUGGUUUCUACACUGAAUGUUCAGCAUGAUUGCCACAAGGGCCGAUGCUCCAUUGACUUGACCAAGAAAAAGAAGUUGGAGCGGGAAGCCAUUGGUCGUUAUGUGGGUGAAGUGACGCACACAGAUAACGUCAACUACAUUGUGAAUUUGGCCUCGUUGUCUUCAGUGGAUGCUCACAGGAACUGUUCAGAGGUACCGGUGGAGGCGGUUGACUGUAGGAAACAACUCAGAGGGGUGCAUGAGGGAUUGACUCAAUGGCAUCUUGCAGGUACCAAAACUGGACCCCCAGAGCCCCCUGUGGUUGUUGAUCCAGCCCUGCUCUGA